CGCGCGAUCCAGUUGAACUGCGCAUGCGUGCUUACCGCCAUAACUGUCAGUGUCACAAAUGUUUUUUUUUUUUGUAAAUAAAACCUCAUAGUCCCAGUGUUUUCUAUCAAAAUGUUCUUCAACGCGAUAUUAUUGGGUGCGUUAGUGUACGCGAGUGCCGAUAAUGCUUUACCUCAAGACUUUACAAGAUGUCGACAGAAAGAUCCUAAGCUGAACGAUUGCUUGAAGUCAGCCGUGCCUGAUGCUUUGAAGAGAAUGAAACAAGGUAUUAGUUCGCUGUCCGUGCCACAGAUGGAGCCACUGCACGUGUCCGGCAUGAACAUAGACUCCGGCGCCGGCCCGGUCGUUAUCACGCAAAACUACAAGAAUAUUAAAAUACAUGGAUUGACCGAUUCCGUGCUCACUACAUACAAAGCGGACCUAAAACAUUACCGCCUAAAGACAGAUUCAAUUACGCCGAAAAUGGAGUUCAUAGCGGACUAUGUCAUGAACGGGAGAAUAUUGGUCCUGCCGAUACAAGGAAAGGGUAUCGCUAACAUCACAAUGGUGAACUUGGUGGUCAAGCACGACCUCAUCGGAGAGCCGAUUCUUAGGGACGGAUCGGUCUACAUGCACAUACGCGACUACAAAGUGAAGUUUAUACCGAAGAAGGUCGUUUUACAUUUUACGAACUUGUUCAACGGCGACAAGAGACUCGGAGAUCAGAUGAACUUGUUUUUGAAUCAAAAUUCCGAACUUGUCUUCAACGAGCUCAAAGAUUCGUACGAGAAAGCUCUAAGCUCUGUGUUUCAAGACGUAACCAAUAAAAUAUUCGACAAGGUACCGAUGAAAGACAUAUUCCUGGAAGACUAAUAAAUAAUUUUAAAAAAUUGCAAUAACAUUUACAUUACUGUAGUAUUUAUUGAUUUAAGAUAAAGAUUUAGGAUGCUUUAAAUAGACAUUUUAUAAUAAUAAAACGUGUUUUAAAGUGUGACUU